UCACGUGAUCAAAGGUGUGGUGGAAAAUCCAAUAUGGCGCCUUCCUGCCCACCAUAAUAAUGCAUUCGGAGGACUUUGUCGUCAUUUCCUUCUCUAUUUCCUUCUUCUGACGAACAAUUUAGUAUCACGAUGUCACAGGCAGCAGUCAACACAUCAUCUCUACCCCUGGAGAUCAGGGCCAAGCUAGCGGAGCUGGAGCUAGAGCUCUCCGAAGGUGACAUCACCCAGAAAGGUUUUGAGAAGAAGAGGGCGCGGCUCCUGGCUCCGUACGCACAGCAACAGCAGCAGCAGCAGCAGAGGCAGGAACAGCUGCGACAGGAGCUGCAGAGACAGCAGCACCAGAACCAGCAGAGACAGCAACAGCAGAGACAUGGACAGUCAGCACAGCAAAGCAGACAUGCUGGUUCGGGCGGGUCCGGCAGUAGCCAUGGCAACGAGCGCCAGUCCCAGGCGCAGCGCCGGCGGGACAGACGCCGGGGUCGACACGAUCAUCGGGACGAGAGAUACCGAUCAGAUAUCCACGCUGAGGCAGUCCAGCAGGCCUUGGCCCAGCACAGUAAGAGGAACCGUGUGCCGGUGAUGCCCAUGCCGUCCAAGCGCCAGUCUCUGGUCCUUAACAACCCCGUCAUGGACACACCGACGGACACGUCUUCUGAUGAUGAGAGUAUCCACUCCGGUCGACUGUCCACCUCGUCCCCGGAGCAUCCCUCCAGACAGCCCGGCGGACUCACCAAAAACAGCGCCGGCGGGAGUCGGUCAUCGGUCUCCUCACAGUCCACCACGGCCAGCGGCGCCCAGGGUGCCCCCGGCGGCAUCUAUAGUAUUGCAGAUGUUCUACAGGACUCAUCUGGAAUCUUCAGUAUUGCAGAUGUCCUUCAGGGGUACCAGGAAGUGCCCAGUUCCAGUCAGAAGACGACGCAGCAGCUGCCGCCAGACGUGACGUCCCCCUCCGUGGCCAGUCAGACCUUCCGCAUGGACCGUACCAUCGACAGGAGGCACAGGCCACAGCCUAAACCACAGCCACCUGAGGAUGAAAAUGUUCCCGUCCACGGGAAGGUGUCGGCUAAGAUCCAGCAGCUCCUCAACACCCUGAAGAGACCCAAGCGCAAACCGCUCAGAGAGUUCUUCGUGGAUGAGGAGGAGGAGUUAGAAGCAAUAGCAAAAGAAGUGGACCCCAAUGCUCCGAAGGCAGAAGGUCCUGUCAUCUCACCUGCUGUGGGGGAAUCACUAGCAAUUCCAUCAGGACUUCCUCGGAACCUGGAGGCAGCGGUGCAGAGAUACGGGUCAGCCAGCUACAAGGCCACGGUCAUCACUGCAUUGGACGCUACAGGGAAACACUCCAUCACUCUAACUUAUGGAAAACUGCUGAGUAGAAUGCAGAAGAUCGCGUUCUCCCUCCUGAACAAGGUUGGACAGAAGGAACCAGCUAUCAGACCUGGGGAUAGGGUGGCGCUAGUGUACCCCAACAGUGACCCCAUCUCCUUCAUGUGUGCGUUCUACGGCUGUCUGUAUGCUGGGGUGGUGCCUGUUCCUAUUGAGGUGCCGCUGACAAGAAAAGAUGCUGGCAGCCAACAGAUAGGGUUCCUGUUGGGAAGCUGUGGGGUGUCCGUCGCGCUCACUUCUGAGGCCUGUCUGAAAGGCCUGCCCAAAGGACCCUCCGGGGAAGUUGCACAGUUCAAGGGCUGGCCCAGACUGACGUGGUUUGUGACAGAACACCUGUCCAAACCAGCCAAGGACUGGAUGCCUCCUCCCAGACUGUCAGAUGAACAGACAGCAUACAUCGAGUACACGACAGCGAAGGACGGUAGCGUGAUGGGAGUGACGGUGAACCGCGGCGCCAUGUUGUGCCACUGUCGGACCCUGACCGCCGCCUGUAACUACACGGAGGGAGAGAUCAUCGUCAACGUGCUGGACUUCAAACGGGAUGUCGGGCUCUGGCACAGCAUUCUCACUAGUGUGUUCAACGGCAUGCAUGUGGUGUUUGUACCGUACUCACUCAUGAAGGUCAACCCUACAUCAUGGCUGCACAUGGUUACAAGGUUCAAAGCGACAUGUGCGACUGUGAAGUCUCGGGACAUGCACUGGGCACUGGUGGCACAGAAGGACCAGAAGGACAUCAACCUCUCUUCUCUCAGGAUGUUACUGGUGGCUGAUGGGGCCAACCCAUGGUCCCUGUCCUCCUGCGAUGCGUUCCUGAAUGUGUUCCAGAACAAAGGACUGAAGCCUGAAGCCAUCUGUCCUACAGCCAGCUCAGCUGAGGCUCUCACUGUGGCUGUCAGAAGACCAGGGAGGACAGGUGGUCAGGGGACUGGACGGGGAGUACUGUCCAUGUCUGGCCUGAGCUACGGAGUGGUGCGAGUGGACACUGAGGACAAACUGACCUCACUCAUACUCCAGGACGUGGGCACUGUCAUGCCUGGAGCUGUUGCAGUAAUAGUGAAGGUGGACAAUGCGCCCAGCCUGUGUAAAACAGACGAGGUCGGUGAGAUCUGUGUGGCCUCAGGAGCCAUCGGGGCUGGCUACUUUGGUCUGCAGGGGCUCAGUAACAACACGUUCAAGAUCCAGCCCCUAGCCAGUGAUGGAAAGCCCAUGGCAGAACAGACGUUUGUCAGAACUGGGCUGCUGGGAUUCCUGGGGCCUGGAGGGAUGAUCUUCGUAGUGGGUAAAGUGGACGGUCUGAUGAACAUCAGCGGCAGGAGACACAACACUGAUGAUAUCAUCGCCACCGUCCUGGCAGUCGAGCCAAUGAAGUUCAUCUACAGAGGCAGGAUCGCAGUUUUCUCCAUCAAAGUGCUGAGAGACGAGAGAAUAGUCAUCAUCGCUGAGCAGAGACCAGAUUCUUCAGAAGAGGAUAGUUUCCAGUGGAUGAGUCGUGUACUGCAGGCUAUAGACAGUAUCCACCAGGUGGGCGUGUACUGCCUCCUGCUGGUGCCUGCCAACUCACUACCAAAGACCCCGUUGGGUGGUAUCCACCUGUGGGAGACCAAGCAGAGGUUUAUGGAGGGCAGUCUGCACCCCUGUAAUGUACUGAUGUGUCCACAUACGUGUGUUACAAAUCUUCCAAAGCCAAGACAGAAACAUCCAGAAGUUGGUCCAUCGUCCGUCAUGGUGGGCAACUUGGUGCAGGGCCGGCGCAUCGCGGGCGCGCAGGGCAGGGACAUCGGAACUCUGGACGGGGACGAUGAGCAGUAUAGAAAGGGUUUCUCCUCCCUGCGGUUGAGCGGCAAACAGCACAUCCCGAGCGAUCCCAUCGAGGCAACAGGAAAAACCCAUCAGUUCCUGUCAGAAAUCCUCCAGUGGAGAGCAGCCACCACCCCGGAGGAGGUUCUGUUCUCACAACUCAAUGCAAAGGGCGGAGGUGCAGGUGCAGUGUCCUGUAUGCAGCUGCAUAAACGUGCAGAGAGGAUCGGCUGUCUACUGCUGGAGAAGGGGAAGAUCAACACAGGCGACCACGUGGCUCUCAUCUUCACUCCUGGUAUUGACCUUAUUGCAGCUGUGUAUGGCUGCUUUUACGUUGGUGCUGUUCCAGUCCCCGUGCGCCCUCCCCACCACCAGAACAUUGCGACCACCCUCCCCACUGUUAAGAUGAUAGUGGAUGUCAGCAAGUCUGUGGCAGUCCUCACCAUGGGAACUAUGCUGAAACUACUCAAGUCUAAAGAGGCAGCUAGUGCAAUAGAUGUGAAGACGUGGCCUGUGUUGUUAGACUGUGACGACACGCCCAGAAAAAAGCUGUCCAGUAUCUACCGUGCCCCAACACCAGAGAUGUUAGCUUACCUGGACUUCAGUGUGUCUACAACAGGCAUGCUGGCUGGUAUCAAGAUGUCUCACUCAGCGGCCAGUAACCUGUCACGCUCGCUGAAGCUGCAGGCUGAGCUGUACCCGUCCAGAACCAUCGCCCUCUGUCUCGACCCCUUCUGUGGGCUGGGCUUCGUGCUCUGGUGCUUAGUGGGGGUGUAUGCAGGUCACCACACCAUCCUGAUCCCCCCUGCUGAUGUAGAGGCCAACCCCUCACUGUGGCUCAUGGCUGUCAGUCAGAAUAAAGUGCGAGAUGUGUUCUGCUCGUACGGAGUCAUUGAGAUCAGCACCAAGGGACUGGGAGGGUCGACUGGAACUCUGAGGGCUAAGGGAGUGAACCUAUCCGGAGUGAGGACCUGUGUGGUAGUUGCUGAGGAGAGACCCAGAAUAAACCUGUGUAACUCCUUCUCCAAGCUGUUUAAGGACGUUGGGCUGUCCCCUCGUGCUGUCAGUACUACGUUCGGCUGUAGGGUCAAUGUUGCUGUUUGCUGUCAGGGAACAUCAGGUCCUGACCCCACGUCUGUGUUUGUGGACAUGCGAGCCCUGCGGAAUGACAGAGUUACGCUGGUGGAGAAGGGAAGUCCUCACAGUCUCUGUCUCAUGGAGUCUGGGAAGAUCCUGCCAGGAGUGAAGGUGGUGAUAGCCAACCCUGAGACAAAGGGGCAGUGUGGGGACUCCCAUCUGGGAGAGAUCUGGGUGUCCAGUCCACACAGUGCCAGUGGCUACUUCACCAUCUACGGAGACGAGUCCUUACAGAAUGACCACUUCUCAGCCUCGCUGACCACCGGCGACACCACAGCGGUCUACUGCAGGACAGGCUACCUGGGCUUCCUCAGACAGACUGACCUCACCAACCAUACAGGAGAGUACCAUGAUGCCCUGUAUGUGGUGGGUUCGCUGGAUGAGACCCUGAUGUUACGAGGGAUGCGGUAUCACCCCAUCGACAUCGAGAACAGCGUGCUCAGAUGUCACAAGAACAUCUGCGAAUGUGCUGUGUUCACCUGGACUAACCUGCUGGUGGUAGUGGUAGAGUUGGAGGGUCCUGAGAAUGAAGCCCUAGACCUGAUCCCGCUGGUCACCAACGUGGUGCUGGAGGAACACUACCUCAUCGUAGGGGUGGUCGUGGUGGUGGAUCCAGGAGUGAUCCCGAUCAACUCCCGCGGUGAGAAACAGCGCAUGCACCUGCGGGACGGCUUCCUGGCUGACCAGCUGGACCCCAUCUACGUCGCCUACAACAUGUGACAGAAGGGGGACGCCCCUGCUCAAGACACCCUCCCUCGAGACCGCAUCGUAGGCAGCCUCCAGAGAACCCAGUCUCCCAGGCACCAGGCUAACUGACACUUCUGGUGUCACCGCUGGGGGAAAGAACCGCAGCCUUGGAUUAUGUUUUUUUGGAAUAUCAGUUGCAGACUUGCAGUUGGAUUUGACUGUUGGCAACAGUCUGCUUGCCAAGAGACUUCACAGCAUCCCUUCAAACAGAUAUGUCUUUGUUUAUUCUCCCUGUCCACUUUGUGAAGAUAGGAGCUGUUGGAAAGUGUCAAUCAUACUUUACUCCCAUCUUUUUUGAAAGUACUGGGUAUUUUCCAUUAUCAAUGGUACAAUAGCCUUCAAUAAGAUCACAUGGCACGGCUUUUGUUGGCAGGUUUUGUUGGAGAUAUUGUAUAAUUGUUUGCAGGUUUAGAAUGGACAGUUGGCUUUAGGAGUGACUUCCUGCAUGUUUUCUUUUUGAGUUUUCCUUUGUUUGCACAAAAUGUACAUAAAUUUUGUACAAUCCAUUUUAUGUGUGUGUUGAGCACCUUUAAGUUUUGAUAUACAUUGAAUUUAUGACAUUUUGUUAUGUUUUGUUAUGUUCAAAUAGCAUGCAGUUGGUACUACACUCAUAUGGUUGCAUGAUUUUGGUACUCCUCAGUCCUCACUGACAAGCAUAAAAUACCAAACUUAGUUUUGUUAUGCCUUGGUUGUUUGAAUUUUCUGUUUUAUUUCUCCCAUAUACUGGCUUGGAAGUGUGACCAGGUUUGUCCAUUGCAGCCACUUUUCAUAUUAUGCUUUUGGAAAUUUCCCAUGCCACCAUUGGUAGAGGUAGAGCUUUUUUGGUGUGGUCUGAAAUAUGUUCUUGGGAGGGAAGACCCAACAUAGGUGGUCUUGUAAAAGUGUAAAAACCUUGGCAGGGGUGAAGAAGUUCCAACAA